ACUUGUACAAAAAUGGCGUCUUCGUAAAUUGUUUAUGUCUCCCUCAUUUUGUUUCCAUACAAGUUGAUAGUUUAUUUCGUGGGAAUAUUGUCUUUGAAAAUGAGCAAUUAUAAAAUCAUACAAAUUCUUUGUUAAUUGUAGGUGUUGCAAAAUAUUGUAAUUGUAGAAUUUAAUACUAAACUUAUAAACAUGUGAACUUUAUAUACACUACUUAUAACAUCACCGGCACGGCUUUUGUUCUGGCGCUCGUCAGUUCAUUCUGCUAGUGUUUUUGUUUCAUGGUUACGGCUGAUAACAUGUAUCACGCAGUCAGUAUUGCAUAUUGUUUUCAUCCAGUGCAAUUAAUCACUAAAGUGACACGAAGUUACUUGAGCGAACGUAUCCUUAGCUGAUGGCAUUUUCUCGUGUCGGACAAUAUAAGUAUCAUUUUCCCUUGCUUCGCUGUGGCCAGGAGAAAACAAACCAACAAUUGCACAUUUCUUUAUGUGUAUAAAACUAGGACUUAAAGGGCCUUGAAAGAAAGAAGCCAAAGCAGAAGCAGAAUGAAGAAAAAUGAUUGUGUUGCACAAAUGCUAUAACAAACAUUGCUGCUAUCUAGUGUGUAUACGUUGCAUGUGACUGGGAACGUUUUUCGUUCUUUACAAUAGUCUUUGAAGAGCCCCACCAACAAUACAGUCUUGUGCUAGUCUCACCCAUCUCGUAGGAACAACACUUUCAUAGUGCUGCAUCUUCUAUACCAGAAAAUCAUGGCUUCAAUCAACUCGAGCAACACCCUUGACUCAUGGGAAGGACGGCUACGCCGACUGCCACCAUUUCAGGCGGUGCUCGAGGGUUGGGGGCCACCAUCUGCUACAAGCCUGCAGUUUUAUCUCUCAGACCUGGACAAUAAACUAGAGGAGAACUCUAGGCAACUAGAUUCUUGCCUACAAGCAUUGCUGCGUUUUACUAACGAUCUGCCAGGGGAACGAACUCUGUCCUCUCCCAGAGAUGGAUUGCUGCAUAUAUACAACAGCCAUGUGUUGGAGAAGGAUUCUUGUUACGACCCUGAGACUGAUGAAGCUGUUAUAAUUUUGGAUGCUCUGCUCCAGCAACUGGAUAAACAGCCAGGCUGUGAAGAGGACAUUCUGCAGGAAGUGCUGGGUUUGAGCUCUGCAGAAGGUUUGUUGUUGCCAUUGAGAGUUAGUAGCCACGAUUCUUCAGAAAUGGUCAUGUCCAGCUCUUCUCUUCAUGGUCUUACAGACCCUAGUGACCAGAUUAUAGAGCAGCGCUGGAAUCGCCUGUCUUCACGCCUGAAAAAGUAUUUCUGUGAACAACUCUUGCAACUGCCCAAUGCACCUAAAGUUGGCUUCAGCACAAACUUUUGUUUGGAUCGCCGCCUGGAGCUUGUGGAGAGUCUGCACUGUCUGUGCUCUGAUGAAGAUACAUGGCAGAGAUAUCGUAGUUUGAGAACCCAGCAGCUUGAAGAGACCUUCACUAAGCUCCUGCCUGAAGUGGAUGAGGAGCAUGUUAGUCACAAAGACUUUUCCAACAACUGUGGGAUUGUAGCCGAUGCAGUCAUAGCCAUGAUCGAUGAGGAUUUUGUUAUUUUGAGCAGUGGUGUCUUUCGCAAGGCCACAGGAGUCUUCAGAGCCCUGCAUGAACUUUACCUUGAAAAGUUUUCAGAUGAAAUGUCCUUGCUUGUAGAUGAAAUUGGUGAUGAAAUUGCUCGGGCUACUCAACGGCCUCUUGCUCCUUCCAAAAGUGAGCAUGGACUACACAAGAACAACGUUGUGCCGUCUUCUCACAGAAACAAAGAGCCACCUCAUCGCAACAGUGUCGGAGCUGUGGCUAGCCUGAAAGAUGGGGGCCCUGUCAACCGUACACAAGCACAAAGUCUGGAUAGCAUGUUUACUGUCGGCACAAACAUGCAGGGGGAUGUCAAGAUGGACUUGCAGAAACGGCGGCUCUCUUUUCCCAAUGAGUGCAUGCACUCCCUGCUGAGCAUUAUCAAGGCACUGAUGCUGAUGGAAGACCAUGUGGACAGCCUGAUGCACACUAUCACAUGGGAUAUCACAGCCCUUGCUCCAAAAAAAGCACGUCGCAAGGCUAGCAUCAGAGGUGUUUUGAAGCCCACUUCUAGUCCGGAAGCAAAGCGCUACUCUAUUCAAUCUUUACAGCAGCAGCAUAGUGACAGCUUCAGUAGCAGUGACACCCAGCUGGAUGUAAUUAGUAACACGCAGCAUGGAGACUCAACCGCUGCGCCUAAAGUUGUGGAGCACAGUCGUUCUGAGGAGCGUUGCAAGUGGGAGUGGAAGUUGGUGUUCAAGAAGUUGUCAGGAGACCUAAGCCAGGCUGUAGAGACCACACUUCUAGAUCAGAUGCAGGCUUCCCUGGGGGUUGAGACUCAGACUUGGGAACAGCAACACACCCUACGCACGGUUGCUGUGGAUGUCAUCAUGCAGGGUGGCAAGAUGGACUACCCAAAAGUCAUAUCAGAGGGCUGCCACCAGUUCCUGGAGGUUGUAGAUCGCCUGCUUCCUCUAGCGCGGGCAGGCUAUGACAGCUGCUUGAUGCCUGUCAGGAAUGCUUUUCUUGACACAAUGUGUAUCUGCCUUAAAAACUUCCAUGUUCAUCUUGUUAAGAUGAGCAAAGAUGUGCCAGCAAAGGCUACCCUGAAGCAGUUAUAUGUGAUGGUAUCCACUAGUGUCAUGAUUCGCAACAACUUACACCAUUAUGAAAACCUUCUGACUUCAGAGGAAGGAGGAAAGAAGGUGUUUGCUGUUCUUCUGCGUCAGUUUAGUGAGCUGAUUGACGCAUUAAUGAAGCAGGCUGUGCAGCUCCACAGCCAAAUGAUGGCAACUAGCAUUCUGUUUGAUGCAGACAGCACAGACUGGAGCAGUUACAAGGACUUUUAUGAGGAUGAGCGAUGCUCAUUCCCAGUUCAGAUGUGGAACUUUCACCUGCGAGCUCUGCGGUAUGAUCUGUGGAGUAUCUGUCCCCCACACCUGGCACAAAACAUUUUUAGCUCUGUACUACAUGACUCCCUGCUCUCCAUCAUGCAGCGCUAUGUUCAUGUACGGCCAAGCUUUCGACGAAUCAAACAAUACAGAUAUGACAUCACAGCAGUACUACUGUGUGUGCUGGAUCACCUGUUCAGCGUGUGUAACUCUCUUUCCAAGCUCCUGGAUCCUGGUCAUGGGCAGCUGCCACAAUAUAGCAUCCACAAUCUUGCCUGCAACCUCUUAGCUGCUCUGGCUGUCAUAGGAGCACCAUUGGAGACCUUGUACAGAUUAUUCAAGAAUGGCUUUGCAAACUACCGUGAAAGUCUGGCCCGACAAGACCACACUGCUGUGGGGAACAACACACAGUGGAUGCACUGGCUUUGGCCGGCACUGUUUCAGCCAGGACACAAGCACUAUGAUGAUAUGCAGACCACAUCAGCUCUGUUCUUGCAGCUGACAUUGUUACUACGACAGCCACAGCCUAACUGGGGACUUCUUGUACAGGCCUUGUUGAUGAAGGACUACACACUGUCCUCAACCCUCCUGACCAGAAGCAUGAUGCAGGCGAGUGCUCACCACAGCCACAGUGAGUCGCUGGAUACCGGUGCUGAUGAAGCUGAAGCAAGUGAGGGAGUGGAGCCCUCUGCCGGCGCUCGGUCUGUCAUCUUUGCCAUCAUCACCUUACUUGCCCAUGCCCAUCAACAUGCCAGUGCCCUGGCCAAGUGCAUUUUGCCAGCAGUGGAAAGGUGUGAUGACUGGGAGAUUUUCAAUAUAAAAGUCAUGUCUCCAGAGCGCAGACCUCCCCUUUGGUUGGAAGCUGUGUUCCAGCUGCUUGAGCCACUGAUAGAUAAAAUCCUGGAAGCAGUGUUAUUUUUCCUGCUAAAGGAGCACUCUUUAGAUUCUGCAAAUGACAGUAUGUUGUCCCAUAUACAUGAUUUGCCCUGUGGUUGCUCUAGCAGUCGUGCCCAGACUGCUGCUGCUCAUAGAACCACUCCAGCCAAAGACCUGAUACAGAAAUGCCUGCAGCUGAUGAUUGAGGAGAGCCAACAGAAUAUGUACAGUCUCAGCCAACCUUUGUGCUGCCUUUUCCAUACACUGCAGGCUGCAUGUGCAGAGCGUAACAUCCAAACCACACACUCUUGCGUUGGCAUCCAGAUUGUGGCAUGGGCAGUGUGGACAAAGAUGAGAGAUGCAAAAAAGAUGGAGCAGAUGGUAGGCCUGCCAGUGGCCCCAUCCUUCCACCAGCAUCUUGUGGUACUCGCUGACCUUUACUUCCAGGUUAUGACUUGUGGGAAAGCCAAAGGAUCGCAGACCCCUCGGCUUGCUAUGCAGUUCCAAAAAACUCACAAGGACUGGCUGUCUCAUAAACUGGACAUCUUGAGCAAAUAUUUAUCUCAGGAAUCUUCUUGUCUCCCCAGAAUGUUUCAUGAUCCAGAGACAGACAUUCUUGAGGGAGCAACCACUGUCUUUGCUGACCAAGUGGCGCAGGUGUUGGCUGUCACAGUCUUGGCCACGCCACAAGGGCCAUCUCAUAUGCAAGCUCUCCAUUCUAUCAUCCGCAACAAUAGUGCCUGGCUCUUCAAACAGCUGGACAUCACAUCACCACUAGCAAAGAUCCAAGAGGGUGAUGACAGCAUUCAUGAUCAGAAAGCAGCCAGGUUUCAUUUGAAGCUUGUAACUGAUGAUUCAGAACUGGUAUUUAAUCCCACUGCUGAGUUCAACAAGAUCGGUGAAUCUGUAUUUGAUCAGGAGGCUAUAGCUAACUUCCCAUUUGACUGGUAUGCCCUGCUAACAUCGGAUUUAGGACUGAGUGAGGCAGCUUUCCUCAAUCUCUUGUCACAUCGUUUUGAGAUGCAGCUGGAUGCCGAACUGACAGAUGCAGAGAGAAGGAUGGUGGAUAAUCUGCGAUCAACAUACAGCUUGUGACCAAGCUACUUCCAACUACCACAGAUAUAUGUGAUUAAUUUCCACCGCCAGGGUUUGUAGAAACACAAGCAUGGCACAUGGAAUGUCAAGACAAUGAGCAGGGAUAUUCAGUUCCUUGUAGUAGAUGUUGAUUCGUAUGUUUUCUAGUCUAGUUGCCUUCUUUAUAGAUUCAUAGAUUCAUGUAUGUUGUCUGUGUGAAGAUACAGCAACCCAGCAGUCUGUCUUUAUCCUUCCUCUGCCAUGACAUCUUGAUGUCUGUGGUAGUUUUACUGCUUUUUGUGUGGAUAGGCUAUAGCAUUGACACUUUUUCAUAAAAUGGAUGUUGUUGGUCAACAGACACAAAACUGUUAAGUGGAGGCACCAUUUCAGCUUUAACAUCUGUCAAAUACAUUUUUGAAAGCAAAUCUAUUUCUUGAGAUAUUUAAUCAGCUUUAAGGAAAAACUACUUGUUAAUAAGAUGAGAAUUAUUUUCAUUCAUCACCAGAUCUAACUUCCUCACUUCAAAUUCUUAUCAAAGAGUCCUUGCUGUUUUUGUGAAAAAAAAUUUACAUUCAUCUUUAUCACAAUGAAAAUUCAGUGCUUUAAAAUAAAUUCUCCUGCUAAGAAACCCUGAAAAUCCAGCUUAACUGGGGUUGAAGAUGAGUAACAUCUUUAUUAUGACACAGCCAGGCAUAGAAAUUACAUAGUCAUGUAAGUAAUAUUCAGUUACAAGUCCAUUUAAUAUUACACACUCGUGUAAGUGAAUGUGAAGCUGAAUUUGUCAGCAUGUGACCACUUACAUGUGCUGUCUUGUCUAUUGGGUGCACACUAAUGUGAUGUCAGAAAGACGCUGAGGAUUGUUGGUUGUCGUGUCAACUUCAGCAGUUUUAACGGUUUAUGUCAGACUACUGACCUGUUUAAUAGCGUCAAACACUAGCAACCAGGCCAGUCCAUUGUGUGCAGAAUAUGUUGUAGUGUGCUGGUUGCCAGUAUUGAUGAUGCAGGAUGCUCAACAAGUUCUCCAUCUACAGGGUUUUGUGUGCUCACAUGACAGCUAUCUGUCAUGUAAGUGAUGAAACUUGAAACAUGAAGUUUGCAUGCUUAAUAUUCUGUGAUGGGCUGGAUUUUAAAAUGUAUGAAAUUUUAAUCAUAUCAUAGAUACCAUGAUCGCUUAUCUCUUGUGCAGUUUUUUCCAAAGUGCUUUGAAAUAUUUAAUGAGCAAUUGGGAUCUUUUACAAAUUUGAGUAAACUUGUGAUAUGAUAGCAUGAAUGAUGGACAUUGCUUGCCUAUUACCCUAGCAUGUGAUGGUCUAUUUCUUUUGCAUCCUUUAGACAGCCUCCUAAAGUUUGCAGUCGCACAGUCACAGGUUGUGUGGGGGUUACCUUAAAAUAAGCUCUGUACAGUACCUUGACCACUCAGGCUAUGCGAGUACAGAGUGUGUGGGGGUUACCUUGAUCACUCAUUACAAGUGUACACACAGAUCAGUUGGAAUAUUUCUUCACCAUCCCAGAACUUUUCUGGAAAGUAUGAUCAAGUCUGUUGAGUGGAAACAACUUUUCUCAUAUUGUUUCCACAAAAUGACAACUGACUUGACUGAAACGGUUUUCACAGGUGAACUGUGCGUCUCCUGUAAUGAAUUGACUCACGUCAUUAUCACUAAGUGCAUGCUCUUUCACAGUUUCAGCAGUUUAGGAUUUCUUUCAUUAUCAAGAUGAAAACAGUGUUUUUGGCUUGUUCUCAUCAGGUUGUCUGUAUUUCUCGAGUCUUGCAAAAAAUAAGCUGUUGGAAGACUCCAUUUGCAUUCAUCUCAUAACUGUUUGAUUGUUUACAUGUUCUGUAAGUAUGCACUUUUACUGUAGUGCAUUCAACCACCUUAACUAGUUUCAUAAAGACCACAUUUUCUGCUAGAAUGAGGCCUUAGCAAAUAUGCUUCUGGUUUUGCUACCAACUCAAAGGAAAAGAGCAGAUGAUUGGCUCUUCCUUUGAUAGAAGUACAGAAGCUUAAUGUAUGUUAUGUGGCCAGUAAGCUAGGGGUAGUGGAAAUCAGUGACUUUUAACACAAAAAAAAGAAUAAAGAAACAAAUUAAGGUUGACAUGAAUUUCAGCAUGGUUGGUGUUGCUAUGGUUUGGCUGUUGGCUGUCAAGGAGCUCACUGACACCUGACAGCUUGUCACUUCAUGAAAGGCUAAAUCUUGGGCUCAGCAGUCUAAUCCAUGGUUUCACAAAGAGAUUUUAACAUACAUUAAUUUUUCAAACAAUAUGAGUGUACAUAGAAUUGAAGCAGUAAAUCUUUGUCCCCAUCAAGAGAAUGUUCAUCAAGAUGCAGAUACUAGCUCUCACAUUUGUCCUAUUACGACAAGCCAUGCUGUAACCCUGUAUCUGAUACUGAAUCUCUCACUCAGAAUUAUUUCAACAAAGAACAGGUGACUGAGCACAAAUUUGAAGAUCACAUGUCUUUGUUCUUGGUAAUAGUAUUUUGUACAUUAGGUUGCAAAUCUUUGUUCUUGGUUACGUUUUAUAUGCAUUAAAACAUGGAAUCUGAGCACCUGUCCGUCCAAGAUAACAAGUAGCUAUAACAUAGCAUUCGCUUGUAGCAGUGGCUACCCCAAAAAUCCACCCACAACAUAAGGUGGCUAGGGCUUUCACUUUUCCAUCAAGUUAGAUUAUUUAUAUAAAUUUGAUGACAAGUUUGUUGUACUACAUUGAAAUGGAAAGAAAUAUAUGGGUUUUUAUUUUGCUAAGGAUAAGAAACAUUCUUUGUUACUGAAGGUGUCUUGCACAUCAGGUAUGCAGGUGCGUGUUUUGAAUCUUAAACUUUAGUUCAGUUUGGUUUUUUCCUUUUUGGUCUAGUCUUUGUAUACACUAAUAGUUUUUCUGUCUGUGAUACGAGUUUUAUUUGCUCAUUUUUAAACUUGUGUAACUUUAUCACCUUGAUAUUUAAGCUUUGUGGUAUUAUUUUUACUGAUUUCAGGUGUUUACACCACAUUUCUCUUUGUUGAAAUAAAAAGGGAAAAAAAAA